AUGCCUCUAGAUCUAGCGCAGUACCGCGAGUUCGCUUUCAUUGCGGCUGCAAACCAAAAUAAAAGUGGCGCCGAAUUCGAAGAGCCAUUGGCAAGAUUUAUUUUGAGUAGGAUCGCAGCGAAAGAAGAUUUCUCUAAAAUACUCACUGCCGCUACUUCGCAGGUCUGGGAUGGGGAUAUCGAUAUCGCGAAGAACCUCAGCCAGGUUCUCACAAACUUGGAAAAAUGGUUUGCAAUUGGCGUUGUUGAUGAUGUGAGCGUUGCGGCCAAGAUACCGCGCCCCACCAUAUUUGCCAAGCUAGCCUGCUCAAAGUAUACAGAUAUACAGGGAGCUAUCAAAGUGAAUCCGCCCUUUGCGCCCCAAAUGAAAUUGUACCGACAGGAUGCAUAUGAUCCAGAGAAGGAGGAUAAUUUUCAUAUAUGGAUCAGGUUCUGGCGCAAUAUCGCUCCUUGGAGUACUCUGCUGAGAGUUGCCUUUUGGCAAUGCAAAUCUUUUGGGCUUCCACAGUAUGUGCAAAACGACUUUGAACGCGCUCUGGGAGCGCUCUUAGAGCAGCGCGGAGACAAACUGGAAUGUAUGGGUGAAUCCGUCACCGACAUGUUUGUAGAAGAUGCUGGGGAAUCGUCGAUUGCGGGCGUUCCUACUAUCUACAAACAAAAGAUAAAGAGACUCCUAGAAAGCUUGGCGGUGCUUCAUAGAAUCACUGAGCUGAAUCCUUAUGCUACCGUCUCGAUCUUUAGCAAAGGAUAUUGUUCCGCGGCUGAUAUUGUUGGGAAGCCUAAGGAGGCGUUUAAAGACGAAUUUAAAAAUGAAACAUCACUCACCAGUAACAACCGAUUCACAGCUGAGAAUGCUGCACAAUAUUGGGACACUGCAGAGCGUAAGGCCAACGAGAGCGCUUUUGAUGGCUUCAAACUCAUACAUGAUGAAAGGGGCACUGGGAUUCCAAUUCUCGACGAGAAGCGACCUAAAAUCGACUUGGACGUUAUGCUGGCUGUUAAAGCACAGACGGAGAAAACUACCAGCCAACAGAUAGUGCCACCAACCUAUGAGAAUCUGUUUGGGAGCUACGCUGUAGAUCUCUGUCCCCAUGGCUGCAACUCUGUUCUCAGCCCUCUCGCCUACUUUGUCGACCUGCUCCAGUUCCUUAGACAAACAAAGACGAAUGCUGAGUGGGAGUCAGACCCUCUCGUCAAAGAUGAAAAAUACAGUUUAUUGACGCACUUUGCGGCAAGGCGACCGGAUAUACUGAAUCUGGAACUCUCCUGUGAGAACAAUAUACUGACUAUCCCAUAUAUUGAUUUGGUGAAUGAGGUUAUGGAGUCUUGGAUUUACUACAAUGUUGCCGCUAACCCGAACAAAAAUGGCGCGUCCGUAUCUGAUCCAAGUGGCUCGGGCACAACAGUUGAUAGUACCAAACCGAAGGAAUUAUAUUCGAGCGGAGUCGAAAUUCGAAACAAUAGUUAUGGAGCAGCGUCCGAGCAGCUUGCUGCAAAGCCUACCUAUGUCUCCGAAACCAUCUAUAAAGGUUCAAUCGGGAGUACAGUCUUUCCGAUCGAUGUAUUUCCAUACAACUACGCGUUUGAUCGAUCACGCACUAUCCUCAAGGCAAUGGGAACGUCUCGUCUCGAUAUAAUCCGUCUCCAUGAUGCAUUUUCUGCCGAUAACGCUUCUGAUGAACAGAAGAAGUUGGUAGGGCUAUGGGGAGCGAUUGCUCAAGCAAUAGAAUCCUUAGAGUUAUUUCCGGAGGAUCUAGAACCAUUGACUGGUCAAAAGUUUGAUGUCACAAAAACCCCAUCAGAAUCCCAAUCUCGAGUACACGAGUUUUGGGGAUAUACUGGAGACACUGGUGCAGAUGAUAUGAAUGACGUAUCGGAAACUCGCACCGGUUUGGCUUUCAUCAAAGAACAGUUCUUGGCCCGAAGCGGGAUCAUAUUAAGGGAGUUAAUAGAAUUACUAAAGUCGGACUUUAUUAAUUGGGAUCCGUCUGGUAUACCUGGCGAAAUUCGCGUCGAAGACUCUCAAUCCAAGAAAAUUAUUAUUGAGAUCCCAGAGGAGGACUUGAAACAAGCGAAGUUGGUUCAAUUCGACAAAUCAAAAUUCGAUCCGAAACACUGGGAUCGUUUUCAACAGUUCAUACGACUAUACAAGAAAGUCAAUUGUUCCAUAUCGGAGCUGGACCAAGUACUCUUGGCAGCCUGGGGCCGCGAACGGCUUGAAAAAUUAGAACGUCCCGAAUUAACCAUCGAUACUCUGGUCGAAGUGGCGGCCAUAUUCGACGUUGUCAAGGAGUGCGGUUUGGAGCUACACCAAGCGCUGGCAUUCUGGACCGACUUCAGGCCUAAAAGUGGAUCAAAGCUCUACAACGCCUUAUUCCUUGACCCACGAAUCGCUACUCAUUAUCCGGUCUUUCAGUCCCUCUCAGAAGGUAAAGAUGCAUCUCAACUGAAUCUUGGUGCCCCUGAAGCCAUUCAAGACAAUAUAGAAGGCCUAUUAGCUGGCCUAGGGAUCAAGCGACAAGACUAUGGCUUUCUAAAGGCCACCUUGAAAAAUCACCACGGUUCAGGCAACCCUGAUGUCAGUGAUAUUGAUCGAUAUCUGAGAGACUAUUCGCAAAUUUACAGACUGUCUCUACUUUGUAAAAUAACAGGUAUUCCUCCAGCCGAUCUUGGCACGUUCCUGGAGUCCCCAUUCAUGAAGGACUUCCAAAAUCCCUUCGCGAGACCUGGGCAAACCCUCAAAUUUCUGAGAGCAUGGAAUACGUUUAAAGCCCAUGGCUUCAGCGCAGAUGAACUGCUACUCCUUGAUGGGAAUGCCGGAGACAUCUGCUUGGCCGACGCUAGCGCUUAUGAUUCGAUGUCGCGUAAGGAAAGAGACAGUGUUGAUAGAUCGCUCGUUGUUAUCGAUAGGCUCUCUAGAGCUGCAAGAAAUUUAGCUGAGAAGUACAAGAAUCCGGCGGAGGUUAGUUCAGAGGAUGUUGAACGGUUAGCGUCUGCGCUAUUUGAUCGAGCGACUGUCAUCAGGAUACUUGCCUUCUUAAAUUGUCAACCGCCAUACGCCAACCCCCCUGCUGGCCCUGACGCCCCGGAAGAUGCAGGCCCAAUGAGUUCUGGAAACCAGGCUCCCCAAAACUCUGAGCAUAAAUCAGACCCUAUUGCAAGCGGGAUGGAGGAAUUUUAUGACAAUAACAUUGCAGAACUGCUCUUACAGAACGAGGCUGACGACAAAGAGACUAUCAAGACCACACUGUUAAAACCCGACAGCAGCGGUAAAGGGGAGAAGUCGAUUCUGGCAGCCGAGAAAAGGAAGGUGUUUUACAAAGCCUUGAGCUACAAUUUACAAAACAAGGAAUACGACCUAGAAGCUAUUCAGACUCUUCUCUCUUGCAAGGUUUCUGGAAUGAACGAGGACGUAAUCAGAGGACUACUUUUGCGAGCAUCUAUGUCACUCCCUUCAGCUCUUGAUUCUUCAGUUAGAGAGGACCUAGGCUUCUUGAAAGCGCUAUCACGAGGUCCCAUAUCUGACAGUAUUGCGGGUGUUCCUUUACCGACUUCCACGCAUGCCUUCCUGAAGCCCGAUACCUCCGAUGUCUUUCGGUUUAUACUAGCCAAAAAUGGUGACCAAAAAUUUUCUAUCAAGAUUGACGGCAAAUCUUACGUGUUUUCAGAGGGCUAUACGGGCAGCAACUCCUUGGUAACGCCCCCAUUAGCACUCAUGUCUAAUCACUUCUACCUCCUUGAGGUUCCGAAUAAAUCAUUCGAAUUCGGGAAUUUAAGAUGGCGAGGCGUCAAGUCAGCAGAUACUGAAAUAUCCGCUGCAUGUUGGACCGAGCAGACCUUGCAAAACUCCAUCGAAUGCAACGUUCUUCUCAAGCUGGACAUGCUUGGGCUUGUCAUGGAACGCUUUAGCCUUACAUUACAGGAGAUUCUGACCAUCGAAAAAGAUCAAAUACGAUUUCAAGAAAUAAAUUUUGGAAAUAUUGAUUUAAAGACGCUAUCAGCUAUUCAACGCUAUGUGGAAUUGAGGGAUAAUGUUGGUCCAGGAGAAACAAUUUCAGGAGGCCUGCUCCCUCUUUUUAAUAUCGUUGAUAAUAACCCUACCAUUGAUGAUAAAACGCUCCCUGGCGUUCUUAGUAAGGCGACCGGCUGGCCGGAAAAACAUAUCAAGGGAUACCUGGAGUUGAAACGCGCAGCCCUUCAACAAACGGAAGGAGAUACAAAAACGACUUCGACGGAUGUAGACCCUACUAAGACUGCCGGCGCGCAAGCUGAUUCGCCCGGUACGACGCUAGGAGAAUCAGAGAAGGAUGAUCAAAAAUCGAACGAUAAGUCCUUCGAAAGUUUUGUCAAGAAGGUGACGGAAAUAAACGAGCUCAUCAAAAUACGGGAUAUCGUCAGAGUCCUGGACAGUCUCAAACCUUGGGACAUCCAAGUUUCACAGCUGAAAGAAUGGUGUUCACCAGGAGGAGACCCUUACGAGAUAGCAGGCACGCUCGAGAAAAUCUACGACUCAAAAACGCCCAAAGAAACGUGGCUCGCAACUGCUGGGCCGCGGGUGUACGACGGCCUACGGGAGAGGCGUCGUCGAGCUCUACAAUCGUUCAUCUUGCAGCAGCCAGAAAUGAGGAAAUCUAACAUAUUGGAUGCUGAUGCAUUGUUUGAAUAUUUUAUGAUAGACGUGCAAAUGAGCUCUAGUAUGAAAACUUCACGCUUACGACAGGCGAUAUCUGCAAUUCAGCUGUUUAUCCAGCGGUGUUUGCUAAAUUUAGAGGCUCCUAAUGUUCCACGGAGCUGCAUCCGACAGAAGCUUUGGUCAUGGAUGUCCAAGUACACGUUGUGGGAGGCAAACCGGCGAACCUUUCUUUUCCCAGAGAAUUGGCUGGAGCCGACCUUGCGGGAUACAAAAUCCGACCCUUUCAAGGAAUUUGAGUCAAGUUUAAUGCAGAAGAAUUUGACAAAAGAGACCAUUGACCAAUCAAUCAGGAAUUAUGUUUAUUCCUCAUACAACCUGAGAUCCCUUGCAAUGCAAGCAAUAUACAACGAAAAAUUUGAAACGGGAAACUUAAAAGGCCAAACUGCCGCGAUACAUUACUUCGGUAGAACACUCGGGGCCCCAUACAAGUACUAUUACCGCAAAUGGACGGAGGCCGACGGCUCUUGGACUCCAUGGAGCGAAAUUAAUGUCAAUAUUGUUACCCACGAAACUGAUACGCAAGGGUUCACAAUCGAUGGCCCUGGUGCUUUUCUUGUCCCGGUAGUCUGGAAUCAGCGUUUGUUCCUCUUUUUGCCAACAUUCAAAACUGCAGUUGCCAAACUAAAGGUAUCCGAUGCCGAUGGGGAGAGUGUAAAGUUUGAGGCGUUGAAUAAGAUUAGCGUGGACACCCGCUUCACUAUACCAUACCACCAGAUAUAUCUAGGCUGGACAGAGUUUCGCGACGGCAAAUGGGCACCGCUACAAACAUCAUCAGACUAUAUCGUCGAGUACAAUUGCUUCAAGAUACGAGACGAGCAAUUCGAAUUCUCGCCAGGAAACAAAUUGGAUGAUCAAGAUGUGCCCACUGCUGAGAUUCUACAGGACCUUCGACCUCCGACCUCCGCAUUCCAUUUCACGAGCAAUACUGGUCCAACAAAUCUUUAUGUUAAUAUCUUCAGGCAAACCCGGAAUUCAGAAAGUCAUCACAGUCGCAUUGGACAAUUCGAGAUGUCCAGUGGGAUUGUUAAAGCGAAGUCGGAUAAGUGUCAACUAGAUCUACAAAGUUUGCACUCGUAUUCCCGUAUCAAGCGUGACUCAGACUACCUUUUGUUCUCUAACCAAAUGGGAGCCGAGACUACGGAAAUGGAUGGGACGGAAAAUCACCCGUUUAUAACUCCGAAUCUGAAAGUGCAGACGUACUCAGACCCUGAGGCAAAGCGGCACAUGAAUGAGAUAAUCGCCGUACUCGGAAGCGGGACGAAUGAUAAAGCAAUAAUUUCAAAUGAAAUGGCCCCUUCCCUUAUCGAGCAGUCCCUCAACCCAGUUGAGAGUCUAUUUACCACGUUCGCUGAAAAGUUCGGUACAAUCGAUACACAGGCUUUCGGUAACUUGCAAAAUACCACAACUUGGCAUGAGUUGCGAACCCCGGCUGCUUUAUAUAACUGGGAACUUGCCGUUCAUGUCCCCAUGUUGAUCAUGGAUCGUCUGGCGAGCUUUCAGCAGUUCGAUCUCGCCCUCGAGGUUGGUAGGUAUAUCUUCAACCCUUUUGUUGUCACUCAAGAUCUUUCUAUGGACUUGAACGCUUGUUGGUCGUGGCCACCCUUUUCUACCCUUUCUGGUCGACAAGCCAUGAAUUCAAUACUCGGCGAUCCCCAGGCGCCUGAGUCCUUAGAUACUAGAAAAACUAUCGAAGAGUGGCGAAAGGCCCCAUUCGUACCCUACGUUGUUGCUCGGAACAGACCCAUAGCAUAUAUGAAAUGGGUGGUUAUGAAAUACCUGGACACUCUGGUUGCCUACGGAGACUAUUACUUCCGACAGAAUUCGUUGGAGAGCAUCCCCCUAGCCACUCAAUUAUAUAUUGAGGCUGCCCAUAUCUUCGGUAAUCCGGAGGUCGAGCCGGCCAGAAUGGGCACCAUGAAAACGACGACUUACCAAGCGUUGAUAGACCAGAACAAUAUGGAUUCAUUCUCAAAUUCUUCCAUCAAAAUGGAGUACAUGUUCCCGUUUGCGGGCAAAGUUCGCGCCAACAAUAUCCCAGGGAACACCAGCCAAUCUGUUGCAGCAGAGAUAGCUAAGAGCAUCUUGGGCUUAAGGGCCACUAGAUAUUUUGGGCUUCCACUGAACCCUAGAAUUAAGGAGAUAGGCUCGCUUAUCCAGGACAGACUCGGUAAAAUUAGGGCAUGUUUGGAUAUUAACGGAGUUCCCCAGCACCUACCACUCUUCGACGCGCCAAUCGACCCAGGAAUGUUGGUGCAAGCUGCGUCAAGUGGAGACGGUGGGGGCUUAGGCGCUGCAUUGUUCUAUGUAGACCAGCCGAUGCCUAACUACAGGUUCCACCGUGUUCUCCAGAAAGCGCUCGAAAUCUGUCAGGAGCUCAAAGGGUACGAGAGCACCUACCUAUCCGUAAGGGAAAAGUGUGACGCAGAAGCUCUUUCUAGUCUCAGAUGCAAACAAGACCUAGCAAUAGGUGCGCUUACUCAAGAUCUAAAGGAGCUAGCGCUUGGGGAAGCAAAUAAAGCAAUCGAAUCUUUGAAAGAAAGCAGAAGAGGUCCUGAGUCACGAAUGAAGUACUUUCUUCGUCUUCUCGGUGAAGAUGCUGCCUUAGUUCCAGGCGAAAACACAAUGUUCACGGAGAUAGAGCAAUCUAUCGACAAACCGACGAGCGACGACCUCCGGUUGAAUAUCAGCGAAGUCAGAGAGCUAGAGUUCGCGGACAAGUCCCAUAGUAAAUCCGAGGAAGCAGCGCAAAUGGAACUAGCAGCAAGCGUAUUGCACCUCAUCCCGUCAAUAGCUAUGAACUUAUCUCCAUUAGGGUGUGGAACAGCAGUCGACUACGGGGCACAGAACAUUGCGGCUUUCUUAAGUACUGUCGCUAGUUUCAAGCGGGUGGACGCGGACAACCUGUCUUUUGAAUCAUCUAGACAUGCAAGACGAGGGGGCCUGCUCAGUCAAGUGCAAGAGCGGAGACUUCAGGCCAAUAUUUGCGGGUACGAGCUCAAUAGCAUCGACUCCCAGAUUAGAGCGCAGGAAAUUCGGAUAAAGGCGGCCCAAAAAGAUGUUGACACAAUUAUUCUUCAGAGGGAACACAUGAAACAAUAUGACGACUUCUUGAGAUCUAAAUUUACAAGCGAAGAACUCUACACCUGGCUCGAUAACACCUACCGACAGACCUAUUUUCAGACCUACAACCUAGCCUUCGAUAUUGCAAGAAGCGCAGAGCGAGCCUACAAAUUUGAGAAAGGUGACGAUAGUGCUCAGUUCAUCAGCCUAAAUAAGAACUGGAACUCGACCCGAGAGGGGCUGGGAGCCGCAGAGGAAUUGUACUUAUCCCUCAAGCGGCUCGAACUCGCAUAUAUGGAACGGAAGCCUCACGACUAUGAGAUUAGGAAAAACGUCUCCCUUCGUCAGAUCGAUCCUAUUCAACUUCACGAACUCCGUGAAACAGGGACGGCGGAGUUUGAGAUACCUGAGAUUCUGUACGAUAUGGAUUUCCCAGGGCAUUACCAGCGACGAAUCAAGACCGUCUCAAUUUCUAUCCCAUGUAUCGCUGGGCCUUACCAGCCUAUCAGCUGUGUUCUGAGGCUCCUGGACCAUAGAUAUCGCUCUAGCACAUCUCGACUAGACUCUUAUCAGGAAUCGACUACAUCUCCGGAUGAUAGAUUCCGAAGCAUUAGGGUUCCGGUAACGAGUAUCUCUACCAGCUCAGCUAAUAAUGACUCCGGAAUCUUUGAGCUCAACUUCCAAGAUGAAAGAUACGUCCCGUUCGAGGGCGCUGGAGCAAUCAGCAGGUGGAGGGUCGAGUUGCCCAAGAAAUACAAACAAUUUAGCUAUGAUACAAUCAGCGACGUGGUUCUCCACGUUCGGUAUACUUCGAAGGAUGGUGGAGGUAUAAUGAGGCAAAAAGCAGAGGAUAAUCUCGAAACACUCUUUAGCGGUACAUCGGUGUUCCAGCUACACUGUGUUAUUGAUAUACCCAGUGAUUACUCUAACGAAUGGUACCGAGGCAUCCGAGCUUCGUCUGCAACCACUCCCUCAAGCGGGAAAAUCGCGCUUGAGAACAUUCAGCAGCAACUUCCCUUCCAUUCUCAAUCCGCGAUAUCCAUGACCGUGGCUUCAGUUUACGUAUAUACAGACGUCGAUUGCGACAGUAUUGUCUUGAAGUACGGUGUGGAUCAAGGGGAAACGUCCAUUGCAUUUGGACCUCGCGACCCCGCCGAGUCCAAAGGUAAGAAGCCAAACACUUUUAAAUAUAUAUCCGUGGACACGAAUACGAAACGUGAAGCCUUUGCAUUCGACUCAAGCUGGAGAUUAGAGCUGGGCCAGGUGAAAAACGCCGCCACAGCGAAAAGAUUCUGGCUCGUUUUUAAGUACCAGGUAACCUUUUAG